AUGGGGUUUUUAUUCGAAAAGCCAAAAGAUAGCGCCGGUAAGGCGUGGCCUGCAAUUGUCAUCAGCGGGUUUGUAGCAUUCGGAGGAAUUCUAUAUGGCUAUGACACUGGCACUAUCAGCGGUGUUAUCGCUAUGCCUUACUGGACCCAAACCUUCUCAACCGGCUAUAGAGACAGCUCCGGCAAGUUGAAUAUCACUUCCAGUCAGACAUCAGCUAUAGUAUCGAUUCUGUCAGCGGGUACUUUCUUCGGUGCACUUAGCGCUGCUCCGAUGGGCGACAUUAUUGGACGUCGUUGGGGGUUGAUUAUCUCGAACGGUGUCUUUGUAUUCGGGGUCGCCCUGCAGACGGCUGCAACAGCCAUUCCUCUCUUUCUUGCCGGCCGUUUUUUUGCGGGAUUUGGAGUUGGGCUUAUCUCUGCACUUGUUCCCCUCUACCAGUCGGAGACUGCACCAAAAUGGAUCCGAGGGUUCAUCGUAGGCUCUUAUCAAUUCGCAAUUACUGUUGGUCUUCUACUUGCGUCGGUCGUGAAUAAUGCGACUCAUGACCGAAAUGACUCCGGGUCCUAUCGUAUCCCCAUUGCAGUCCAGUUCGCUUGGGCGAUUAUUUUGGUGAUCGGUGUCUUUCUACUCCCAGAAACGCCUCGGUAUCUUAUCAAAAAGGACAACUACAACGGUGCUGUGAAGAGCCUAGCCAGACUCCGUCGCCUGCCCGAGGAUAACCCCGCCCUACGCCAGGAGCUUGCAGAGAUCCAAGCCAACCAUCAGUAUGAGAUAAGUUUAGGAAAUACUGGUUACCGUGAAUGCGUACGGGGGAAUCUGGCCAAGCGUCUUCUUACUGGCUGUCUCCUACAGGCUUUGCAGCAAUUAUCAGGUAUUAACUUUAUCAUUUACUAUGGCACACAAUUCUUCAAGAAUUCCGGCGUGAAGAACGAGUUCGUGAUUAACCUAAUCAUUAACUGCGUGAAUGUCGGUUCUACCAUUCCUGGUCUCUAUGCAAUUGAUAAAUGGGGUCGGCGACCGGUCCUACUCUUGGGAGCUAUUGGAAUGACCGUCUCACAGCUGUUGGUGGCAGUUCUCGGUACUACAACCACGAGCCAAGACAGUAUCGGAGAAAUUGUCGUUAACAACGCGGCCGCCCAAAAAGCCGCCAUUGCCUUUAUCUGUAUAUACAUUUUCUUCUUCGCCGCUUCAUGGGGCCCGAUAGCUUGCUUUUCAACGCCUUAUUUGGUCAACUAUGGGCCCGGCAAUGCGAAUCUACAAUCGAAAAUCUUCUUUGUUUGGUUUGCUUGCUGUUUUCUGUGCAUAGCAUUUGUUUACUUUCUGAUCUAUGAGACAAAAGGGUUGACGCUGGAAGAGGUGGACGAGCUUUAUAGCGAAGUCAAGGAUGCAAGAAAGAGCCCAGGUUGGAAGCCAAGCAUCACAUUCAUGGAAAUGACAGGCAAGGCCCAGGCAUUCGAAGAUGAAGCAGCAACUGAAGAACAACGCGAGUUUGAAAGAAACCACGAAACUUCCACGUGA